AUGGCGGCCUCCGGGAGAGAUCCCCAGAGACCCGUCUCCUCCUCUCUCCCGGGAGGGUUUGGCAGUUCACUAACUGGAACCCGGUUGAAACUGUUGCUCUCAGAAAAAGAGCGUCAGUCAUGGCCUGUUCCCACGGGGCAGAAAUCGAAAGGUAUCCGCAAAGCCUCCUCCUAUUUGCUGCACCAGCUCAUUCACGGCUAUCAGGAACCAGACACCUGCUGCACACACCACUACGAAUACGUGCUGGGUGAGGACGAGUACCUGAAGGAGAACGAAGCAGAAUCCGAGGAGUCCUCAAAGACCGAAAUGCUGAAUCUCAAGGCGGAUUUUGAUGGGAUCCUGAGAGAGGAGGUGGUGGCCAAGGCACUCCACCAGUUGGGACGCUCAGGCUCUGGGACGGAGCAAGUCUACCUCAAUCUGACUUUACCAGGUUGUGACUUAACUGACGUUAGUAUUCUCUCUGGAUACGUUCACCUACAGAAGUUGGAUCUCUCAGUAAAUAAAAUUGAAGACUUGUCUUGUGUCGGCUGUAUGCCUUACCUGCUGGAACUUAACGCUUCUCACAAUAAACUGACUACAUUCUUCAAUUUCAAGCCACCCAAAAAUCUCAAGAAGGUGGAUUUUUCCUGCAACCAAAUUUCUGAAAUGUGUGAUCUGUCGGCAUACCAGGCUCUCACUAAAUUAAUUUUGGACAACAACGAGAUCGAGGAGAUCAGCGGCCUGGAGCAGUGCUGCAGCCUGGCACACCUCAGUCUGGCCCAGAACAGGAUCAAGACAAUUAGUGGCUUACAAAUGUUACCCAUCAAGAUACUUUGUCUGAGCAAUAACCAGAUUGAGAAGAUCACAGGUUUGGAGGAACUAAAAGGCCUGCAGCUCGUGGAUCUGUCCUACAAUCAGAUCAGCAGCCUCCAAGGCUUAGAGAAUCAUGAGUUCUUGGAAAUCAUCAACUUAGAGCAUAAUAAGAUUGCUGAACUGAAUGAAAUAGAACACAUUGAACAUCUACCUCUCCUUCGAGUUCUCAGUCUUCUGGGAAAUCCAAUUCAGGAAAAAUCUGAUUACUGGUUCUUCGUCAUUUUUAUGCUGCUACGAUUAACAGAAUUAGAUCAGAAGAAGAUUAAAGUGGAGGAAAAGGUGGCUGCCAUAAAUAAAUACGACCCUCCCCCGGAAGUGGUGGCAGUGAGAGAUCAUCUGACCCACGUGGUCAACAGCGUGCUGCAGCCCCAGAAGAUCUUUGACAGCACUCUGCCCAGUCUGGACGCACCUUAUCCCAUGUUGAUAUUAGCUGGCCCUCAAGCCUGUGGGAAACGAGAACUCGCCCACCGCCUCUGCAGACAGUUUAACACUUACUUCAGAUAUGGGGCCUGUCACACCACAAGACCGCCUUACUUUGGAGAGGGGGAUCGAGUCGACUAUCAUUUUAUCUCUCAAGAAGUUUUUGAUGAAAUGCUAAACAUGGGGAAAUUCAUCCUCACAUAUAACUACGGCAACCACAGUUACGGACUCAAUAGGGACACCGUGGACGGCAUCGCACGAGAUGGGCUGGCAAGCUGUAUCCAUAUGGAAAUAGAGGGUGUAAGAAGUUUGAAAUAUUCCUACUUUGAGCCUCGGUAUAUCAUGGUGGUACCAAUGAAUAAGAAAAAAUAUGAGGGAUACUUGCGUAGAAAAGGACUAUUCAGUCGUGCAGAAAUUGAAUUUGCUGUCUCCAGGGUGGACCUAUAUAUCAAAAUUAAUCAGAAAUUCCCAGGCUAUUUUGAUGCAGUAAUCAAUGCAGAUGACCUGGAUGUCGCCUACCAAAACCUGAGUCAGCUCGUGAGAGAAUACCUGGGGUUGUCUGAGGAAACGGCCAACACAUUGGCUCCCAUUGCAGCAGGCGUUCCCUCUAGCAAGAAGACACCCUCUGGGGUCCCAGCUCACCUGGUUCCCUCCCCAAGACGCUUGGCGAAACUGCAAGCAGAUGGCAGGAUAACAGAUCAUCUCUCUGGAAUGCAGAUUCAUGCAGAUGUCCCUGAAAAUCAGAACUUAGCUGCCUCCCAGAAGCAGGAGGGAGAAACCCAUCAAAAAGAGCUCCCUCCCAGUAGCCACACUGAAGACGAGCCACCUUCCCAGUCCAACUCAUCUGCUGUUCCCCAACAGACUCAAGACAUCUCCCCAAACCAGAAGGAAGGGGAUGAUCAACAAUCAGAUCCUUCUCCAAAAACCACCACAGAGCUCCCUGACAAGGCCCAGACAGCCAAGGGGAAAGUUGGACAGGCUUCUACUUCUUCUUCCCAAGAGCCUCUGCAGCAGCCAGAGCAAGAUGAAGAAUCAGGGGAGGCCAAGGUAACCCCCACUGGCCCAACAUCCCUCAACCCCCAGAAACCCCAGGAUGAGGAAACUGAGUCAGCCAGUCAGCCACUCACCAGUUCCCAUCACGAUCCUCCAAGAGAGCCUUCCUACCCUGAUGGAGAUACACAACAACCUCUAGAGGAGGGAGCCCCCAAAGCAGAAGUUGCUAGGGCUGGCACUCCUUACCCCGAACUGCCACAUCCCCAAGACUCAACAAAUACAAACCAGACACAGGCCAGGGAGGCCCCGGCCACUGUGCUUCCCAGAAGCCGGCUGGCUCCCACCAGGCUGCCCCAGCCGCGGGUCCUUGCACCCCUCCAGAGUCCGAGGCCUACCCCCAAGCUGCUCUCCCCCAGCAGGGAGGAUGCGUUAGGAACAGCCUCAGAUCAGACCCUGACGCCUUCUCCCAGACCCCUGCAGGUCCAAGAAGGAGACCCCAGCAAACUUCCUCCCAUCAGCCCUCCCCACUCAGGUCCCAGUUCUCAGCAGGCCCAGGAAGAGACAGUCAGGGAAGUGAAACUCCCACUCAUCAGUCCCCCAGUCCAAGAGCAGGCGCCUGACCCGCCGCCAGGGGCGGCUCAGGUAGUCAGGCUCCCUCGCAUCUCCACGCCCUUCACAGAACGGCAGCGGCCUCCGAACAGAGGACCUCGCCCUGCAAAGGAAAGGCAAGGUCCCAAGGUAGGCCACUCCUCCAGCAAGAAGAUUCCAGACCUGCAAACUUCAUCCCAAAAUCAAGAGGCUGGGAAGCCAACAGAGGCUAGGAAAAAAAAACUCCCUAUCCAAAGAGAGACAGCUAACGGGCCCACACAUGUGAAAACGACGGGGCCCAGCCAUGGGAGAGCCUCACAGCGAGAGUCCCAGAGUAAGCCGAUGCCCCCCAAGGCGUCCCACCACCCUCGCCCCAGCCCUUCUGCGUUGAUUGGGAAAAGAAAAGCCCAAUCAACGGAAGUCCCAGAGCCACCUCACGCCGCACCCCUGCCUAAAGACCCCCAGUUACAGGAAGAGAAAAAGGAAAGAGGACAUUCUUCCCCAAAAAAGACUCAUAACAAGCUCCCCUCAAGUGCCCUAAUUCAGAAGGUAGCCAUGUCCAGGAAAAAGCCCUCUCUGAAGAGAGAGAAUUCUGAAGGAUUAUCUCAAGCACAGGAAACCUCCCCCAGUGACGGCCAGCCAGCGCACACAAGCCCUCCCCAGAGCGAGAGCCCUGCAGAGGCCUCCCCCGGCGGUUCUGCUUCUGUGGGGGCCCCCGGGAGAAAAGGGCAGGGGCCUCAAAAGAGACGGGCUCAGAAGCGAGAGCCUGCUGCCCACCACGCAGAGGCAGAGCCGGGGGGCGCAGCCCCCGUCCAGGCACCUGUCAGAGAGGCACAAGCGGAUCAGGGGACCAGUCAGGCCCGAGGGAGUGCUGGCCAAGGGGACAGUGCUUCCGGGCAGCAAGCCAAAGAGAAACGUCCCCACAAACACCGGGGAGCAGCACGGGACCAAAGCCCAGCCACGCCCCAGCAGUCUGUGGAGGAGCAGGGCAGCCGGAAAGGAAGACUGCGCGCCAGGGGAAGCCAGAGCACCAAGGUCUAA